GGUUUGAAUUUUAUCGUGUUUUGGCUACAUAUUAGAAUCUUGAAUACUGAAGAAGUACUCAGGAAAUAUAAGAAAUAAAAAGUGUGGCACUACAUAUGCUCUACUUAUUGAAUCUCCACUAAGCUAAACUAGUUUCUGUUCUAUACUUGUUAACAACUUGAGCUUAAUUAAUUUGCCACAGCAUAGAAAUGGAGAAUGAUGGGGUCAUUCUAUUGGAUUUCUGGGCUAGCAUGUUAGGAAUGAGGGUAAGGAUAGCGCUAGCCGAAAAGGAGAUCAAAUACGAGUACAAGGAAGAAGACCUGUUAAGUACUAAAAGUUCUCUGCUUCCUAAGAUGAAUCCUAUUCACAAGAAAAUCCCAGUUUUGAUUCACAAUGGAAAACCUGUUUGUGAAUCUAUCAUUGCAGUUGAGUACAUUGAUGAGGUUUGGAAGGACAAAGCUCCAUUGUUGUUACCCUCUGAUCCUUAUGAGAGAGCACAAGCUAGGUUCUGGUGUGACUACAUUGACAAGCACAAGCGCACAAGUGGAGCGCUGGAGCAACUGUAA